UUAGAGCUCGAUUACGCAACGGGACUUCACAAAAUCAAAAAUGUACAUUUAUUAUACCUAAACUUUUCUUUGUUUGUACAGAAAUCCUGCUUUUGUUCGUCUCUGCUCAUGUAAUUCAAUGAAAGUCAUUAUAAUCCUAUUUUAACAUCAACGAAACGGGCAUUGAGCGCGAGCUGUCCUCGUUCAUGAAAAAUACACGGUCGAAAGAGACCAAGAGUGAAGCGCAGAAAGGAAGGAAUCGUCGUGUUUGCUGUUCUGAAGGAUGUUUGCAGUAAUGUCCUUCCAGAGAGCUGGGCGAUUAAGGGGGUUGAAGUUCCUUCAGCUGGAGGUUUCUCGGAUUCAAAGGAAAAUUCCACCAUUUGUGGGUUUCAGCACCAAAGCAAAUAACAUAAACAAGCCUGUCCGGUAUACAAGCAUAAAAAAGGCAAAACCCAAAACUAUACUUGAUAUUGCCAAACUACUGCAGCUAAAAUCUAAGGAAUUAAAGAGAGGAAACAGUCUUUGAUCACUGCCACUGCUCUGAAAGCUGCUGCAAGUACUACCAAACCUUCCACACCAAAUCAAUAUAAUGCUAAGGUUGAUGUCGCAGCCACCUUUAUUCCUACUGCAAAAGAUACAGUUUUGACCAGUAUCCCUCAAGCAAACGAUGCUGUAGAAGGUUUGUCAAUAGCUGCCAGUCUUGUGGACGAAGGACCUUCUCAGGACAUUGCAGAUCUGGGGGGGGUAGCCAGCCCUUUAAUUAAAGAUUAUUUUCGAACUGAGGCCUCCACAUCCAAUGAGGAUGCCCAUGUUCCUCAAGCAACAGCAGAGAAUAAAACUGUCUUUGAAACUACUCCUGCCCCUACUGCAGCACAUAAAAUGACCUCAGUUGCUUUUGCUCUAGAUGUCACAUAUUUAAAGGAUGUAACACAAAAUCCAAAAAAGAUGUCUGAUAAGAUUUUAGAUGUAAAAGUUGCAGGACCUAAAGUUGUUGCUGCUUAUUCAGGAGUAGAAGCACUACCUGUUAGUGCCUUAGCUUCACAAGAGGCUUGGAGUCAAGGUGAUAUGACUACAGACGUCAUUUCAUCUUAUGGGGAAGUCGCUUAUGUAUCUAAAGAUGUAUUUGUUUCUAAAUUUAAACGGGACGUAGUUGCUAGUGAUAAAACCAUUUACACUCCUGAUAGUAUGGCAUCCUCCAAAGGUAUGGCAACUCCUGAAGUUUCUGCUGGUCCAAAGACUGAAUUAAAGAUGGAGUCUUUUGAUGUUUCAGAAGUGGCUGAAGCAACCAAUGAAUCAACUGAUUUAAAUGCUGCAUCUGCACAGGAUCCUAGAAAGCUUCAAGCCAGACAAUCUCUUGAGUCUCUAGCUGCCUCUUGGUCUCCCAAGGAUGCUAUGUUAAAUUCAAAUGUCCAUGCAGAUAAAUCAUCUUCUGACACAGAGACUGGGUCUUUUCCAGAUGUUGCAGUUGACUCUGAUUCCAAAAUAGAUAUUUCCACCGGUGAAGCUGUAGCAGUUAGCUAUGGUAAAGUUGCAAACCUUCCAAAAGUUUGUCUUAAAGAAGCCUUUGCAGUCACUGACCACAACCCAGAAGUCACUUUACCUGAUCCAACUGAGGAACCUCCCAUUUUUAAGUCCAUAAUGGUUUCUGUAAAUGAAGCUGACAAGGUAGUUGGUGUGACAGAAAGGAUUGAUGAUGCUCCAGCCCUUGAUCAUUUGACUGAUCUGAUUAUAAUGCAAACUGAAUUUUUAGAGAAAGAGCUGCAGACAAAUUCAGAUGAUGCAACUGAUACUUUCCCAGAUGGCACAGCUGACUCUUAUUCCAUACUAGACAUUACCACAUCUGAAGUUGCAGCAGUGAUUUCUCACGAAGUUCCAACCCCUCCAGAAGUUUGUAUUGAAGAAGCCAUUGCAGAUGCUGACCCCAUCCCAGAGGUUUCUUCAUCUGAGCCAACUGAGGAACCUCCCAUUGUUGAGACUAUAACGGUUUCUGUAAGUGAAGUUGACAAGCUAGUUGGUGUGACAGAAAUGACUGGUGAUGCUCUGGCCUCAAGUAAUUUGACUGAUCCGGUUCAAAUGCAAACCAGAGUUUUAGAGAAAGAGGUGCCAACAGAUCCAGUUGAUGCGCCUGUGUCUUUCCCAGAUGGCACAGCUGACUCUGCUACCAUACUUGAUAUUACCACUUGUGAAGCUGCAUCAGUGAUCUCUGAUGAAGUUCCAAACCUUCUAGAAGUUUGUCCUGAAGAAGCCAUUGUGGUCGCUGACCCCAUUCCAGAUGACUUUUCACCAGAGCCCAUUGAGGAACCUCCCAUAGUUGAGACCAUAUCAGCUUCAGUAAGCAAAGCUGAAAAGAUUGUUGAUUUGACAGAAACAGUUGGUGUUCCUCCAGUCUCCAGAAAUGUGACUGAUCCGGUUCAAUUUCAAACUGAAGUUUUAAAGAAAAAGAUACUCACAGAUCUGGUCAAUGCAACGGUGUUUUUCCCAAAUGGCACAGCUGACUCUGAUUUCAUACUCAACAUUGUCCCUCCUGAAGAUACAGUAGUGAUCUCUAAAGUGCCCUCCUUUCCAGAAGUUUCUCCAGAAUAUGUCGUUACAACCUGUUAUGCAACACAUGUAAAAGCAGCAGUCUCUGACCUCAUGCCAGAUGUAUCUUCAUCUGGACCUUCUGAGGAACCUUCUGUUGUUGAGACCUUAUCGGCCUCUUUAGGUGGAGCUGACAAGGCAGUUGGCAUGGCAGAAAUAACUGUCGAUGCUCCAAGCUCUAACAAUUUGAAGGACCCGGUUCCAGUGCAAACUGAGGUUUUAGAUGAAGGGGUGCAGGCAGAUGUAGAGUUGCCUGAAGUACAAUCUGCCGUACAAUUGGAUCCAAUACAGAGUCUCUUUCUCGACAAGAUUCGUGAAUUCUCCAUAAAGAGCCAAGCGUCUGGUGGUCUUUUAGAUGCUGGACCAGAGUAUGAAAAAGCUUUCAAUGAAGAACUUGCCAAAAUCCAGAGAUUUUACGGGGGUGGAGACUUAACAGUGUUCCCAGAAUUUAAGUUCUGUGAGCCUCAACUGGUUGAAGACAGCUCGAAAUGAAAAGCACCCAUGCUGGCAUUGAAGUUUCUAAUUCGAAUUAUGAAGAUUAUAUUUCAAGAAGCAAUCAUAUAAUCUUUUAACUUAUUAUGCAGUGACAGAACUAUACACAGUAAGAAAGCAAGCAAAACAAUAAAGUUGUUUGCACCA